AUGCUCGACCGGAAAUGCGACUCGCGGGAGACGAAGGUGGUGCGGCUGCUGCUGGCGCUGGGGCUGGGCAAGCAGCAGGUGGCGCAGGCGAUAUCGAGCGACCCGGACGUGCUGCAGCUGAGCGUGGUGGACAUUCUCGCGCGCCUGCGCGUGCUGCUCGACCUCGGCUCCUCGCUCGGCGAGGUCGCCUCGUCGCUCGUGCGCGAGCCGCGCUGGCUGCACAGCCCGGUGCAGCGCAUUUACGACAUGGUGGCCGAGAGCGAGAUCACGCCGUCGCUCGCCAAGCUGCAGUACAUCGUCGGUGAGGGCCGCGACAUCUACCGCAUGAUCGAGCGCCAGCCGCGCGUGCUGGGGCUGUCGCAGGCGCAGAUCACGGAAACCGUGGAGGUGCUGAAGCAGUUCAUCGCGGCCGAGCAGGUGGCGGACGUGCUGCUGAAGAAGCCGCUGGUGCUGCUCAUGUCGCGUGACGCCAUCGUGCAGCGCAUCCAGUACCUCGCCUCCAUCUUCCACAAGCACCGCCUCUCCAACGUCUUUAAAGUCGCGCCCGGACUCCUCACCAUCGACACCAAGCGCCUCAUGCGGCAGUACUCGCGCCUCGAGAUGUUCCUCGACCCCGCCGCGACGGACAAGCUCGUGAACGCGUUCCCGCAGGCGCUCACGCUGAGCUGGGAGAAGGUGCUGCUGCCCAAGUUCCGCUUUCUUGAAGAGCUGGGGCUCGACCGCUUCGAAGUGCUCAACUUCCCCGCGUACCUUGGCUACUCGCUCGACUCGCGCAUCCGCCCGCGCUGCGCCGUGCUGCUGGCGGCGGGGUACGCGAUCCGCGCGCACGACGAGGUGAUCACGACGGACAACGAGCGCCGCCUGCGCAAGUUCGGGCGGUCGCACCACGAGAUCCUGCAGACGUUCGGGUCGCACGCCGUGUGCAUCCAGCACAUCGUGGGGCUCACCGACGCCGACUUCCACUCCCAGUUCGGCGUCUCCCCCUCCUCCGCCUCCGCCUCCUCUGCCUCCUCCUCCUUCUCCGCCUCCCCCGCCACUGCCUCGGCUAGUUGA